AUGGUUGCUUCCUGGAUUUCUGAAAAGAACACAUACAAUAGUAAGGAUUUGGAGACUGCAGUCAUGUUUGGCUCUCUCUGGGAUUCAUACCAGCUACCUCACAAGUCUGAAGCUUUCCAUGCCCCACUGUGUCUUCUGCUGAGAGAUUCCACUGUGUAUCACAUUGCAGAAUUUCCUUCAAUCUUCUUUAUACUGGAAAUACUCCAAAAGUUGUUUGAUAGGCAAUAUACUGUGAUUUUCAAGACAUUUCCCAAAACUGAAAAUGAGAUUGAGAUGCAUGAUGACUCCCAUGUGACUUCCUUCAUGGUGAAGAAGUCAGAAGAACCCAAUCAAAGACAAUCUUACAUUGUAAAUGAACCCAAUCACAGACAAUCUUACAUUGUAAAUGAACCCAAUCACAGAAAAUCUACCCCAACUGAAAAAGAAAUAGAAGCUGAACCUAUUUACUGCAAAAUACAACCAAAGGAUAAGAGGAAAUCUGGAACAGACAGGAGUAACAGCACAACACCUACAAAAUCAGAGGUUCUCUCCCCUCUUAAAGAUACUUCAGCAGACACGGAUACACACUAUGUUGCCUUGUAUCCAUUUGUUGCUCGUGUAGACACAGAACUCACUAUAAACAAAGGGGACAUAAUUCUGUGUAAGGAAUGUACUGAUAAAAAAGGCUGGAUGAGAGGGAUUAAUGACAGCACAAAAUAUGAAGGAUGGGUCCCAGCUACAUACGUUCAGAAGGUUGAGAAAGUGGAGGCCUCUUAG